CCGUACAGUUUUAUUUUAACCGUAAACAAAUAACCACCUUAUUUGAAAUUCGUUAAGAUGGUAAAUUAGUAUACAAUAAUGUUACAUUUCCAUCUCAGAAAUAAAACAGUAAUAUAUAUUUUAAGAUUGAUUGAAACUGGCAUUUUAUGAAACGAAAAACCUAAUUUUUCAUUUUUGAAAUUAAUCUAAUAAUAUAUAUAUGUUUAAGUAUAAGUAGAGCACGUUUUUCCGCGCAGUCUAUGCAAAUACUUCAUCGUCGAUGCGUCAGUCCAGCUCCAAAACAAAGCCAUCUCGUCAAACCUGCGGGAUGCGGGGAGAUUUGAGAGGAAAUGAAAUAUUUCUCGGAUGAUAUAGAAGGAGCCCUUUCGUCUGAGUUAUGGCCCAGGUUUGGCGUUGCUGAGAGGGAUGCAUGCUGCUCCUUCUCUCCCGCCCCAGAGGAGGUAUCAUCAGAGCUGAUAUAUGACCCCAGCUCUACAUUACCUUUACAAAUCAAAGGAUCAUCCACGCUUUGGGUCGAGGAAAACAUCCUUCUGACUAUAGUUGCGGCAUCUAAAGUAACCAGAGGCGCCUUGUCUUUUUGAAACCAUCCGGAUAAUCCAAAUACUAUACUUUUAAAGACUAGAAACUGCUGCUGAGCUGAAGUUUUACGCGUAAAUACGCUUGAAUUGACUACAGAUUGUGAUUUCUCUCAGCCUAGCUCUCUCUUUCUUUCUCCCUCCCUCUCUCUCUCUUUCUCUCUCUCUUUCUCUCUCUCUGCUUCCCCUCAUUUACCCCACAUACCUAUUCUGGUAUCUCACCACACGACUAAAUUAGACCAAAGAUGAUAAGAGCACAAAGCAUUAUAAUUCCGCCGGGCUCCUCCUCCUUCCAGCCAUGCGUCCUAAUUAAUGGGACACCCCCAGUCGCAAAAAGCCCCGCACUGGACUGCAACAUAGUCAAAGAGUGAAAGGGAAGAGGGCGAAAGUGCCACUGGAGAUAAUUGAUUACCUACCAAUCAAUGAUAACUUGUUAGUAAUCGUCAACUCUUUGGACCUCGCCAUUUUCAGGGAGGCAUCUCACUCCUGCGGACUUGCUGCUCCCGAGGAUCGACUCUUCGAACGCACCACAUUUUGGAAUAAGAUCUUCUUUUCCUCCCUCUCCCCUCCUUUUAAUCCUUAUUUUUUUCCCAACCUCCAAACUGUUAUGUGACUUUUCCUCCCUCGGCAGCCUGGUUUCUAAGCGCUGAAUAUUUCAACCGACUACCACAAACUCUGCGUACAACCAAUGAUGACAUCCAAAGAAGUGGCCAAAUGUGAAGCAGUGGAAAACAGGAGGCGAAGCCCGCUGGACCACUUGCCGCCUCCUGCCAACUCCAACAAGCCGCUGACUCCUUUCAGUAUCGAGGACAUCUUGAAUAAGCCGUCUGUGAAACGAAGUUACACGAUUUGCGGAACGGCUCAUCUAAUUUCGUCCACCGAGAAGCACCGCCCGUCCAGCAUCCCUCUGUCCAGCCGGGCUCUCCUCACCCAAACCUCCCCGCUCUGCGCGCUGGAGGAGCUGGCCAGCAAGACCUUCAAGGGACUGGAAGUCAGCGUUUUACAGGCCGCGGAAGGACGAGACGGGAUGACUUUGUUCGGUCAGAGAACCACCCCGAAGAAGCGUCGAAAGUCUCGGACGGCGUUCACCAAUCAUCAAAUCUACGAGCUGGAGAAGCGCUUCCUCUACCAGAAGUACCUGUCCCCUGCAGACCGGGACCAGAUCGCUCAGCAGCUCGGCCUGACGAACGCGCAGGUCAUCACGUGGUUUCAGAACCGGAGGGCCAAGCUAAAACGGGACCUGGAGGAGAUGAAGGCCGAUGUGGAGUCGGCCAAGGCCAUCGGCCAGGUCCCACUGGACAAGCUCGCCAAGCUGGCGGACCUGGAGAAAUGUGCCAAUGGCACGCUGGGCCACCCGCGAGGCGAGUCCCCCGCGCGGGGAGGCCAGCAGGAGCACGAGCUCGCUCAGAAACUGCGGACGUCGCCGCUGUCUCCUUUCUCAGACCACACAACUAGUAAGGAGUGCUCGGAGGACGAGGACGUGGAGAUUGAUGUGGAUGACUGAUGGCGCGGCCAUGGGGCUGGAAGGUCAAGAAACACACAAAGACUAUUUAAAAAACUACCGAGGACUUGUAACUUACUGAUUAUAUUGUAUACCAUAUCCCAGAACAUGUACCAAAAUGUAAUGACUUUUAUAUCGGCACAGAUAGACCUAUUCAUAGUGAAGCAUGAACACUGAACACGAAAUAUGCAGUGGUAUUUUACUAUGUAUUCAUUAGCGAACUCUUACUUCUUCCGAUCAAAGCAAUAUGGUCUAAAAUACACGACUUAUUAUUUUUUACAGUAUACGCUAACACACACACACCCAAACACACACAUACUUACAGAUACACCUGUUCUAUUGCUUUUCCCAUACGGCCUCUCCUCACACACCACAAUGGAAGUGCUCCAGUUUUCCAUAUUCUUUGCAUGUAAAUGCAUGAUUUGAUUUGUUAUCAUUAUCUAUUUAUUUUUACUUUAUUAUUUUUUUUUCUUUUGUAUUUUUAUUUAAUUGCUUUUGUAUUUUCUGUGAGCCAUUUUGU